GAGGCCUCUUGGUUCCUGUGGAACCCGUGCUCUGAGCUGGGCUUGGCUGGCUUGGCUGGCUGUCGGCGGACAGUGACGUGAACUUGGCCGGGGACGCAGGUGCGCCCGAUUCCGCCCCUCCUCUCCUGCCUUAUUCUCCUGGCAUUUGGGGUGGGAGGGACGCCCUCGGAGUCAGGGCAGGUGUGAUGUUGUGGCGACUGUCUUAAAGGAGCCUUGACGUCUGAAUUUGCGCCCAGCACCCUUGCAGAGACUGCCAUCCCGGCAUCCCAGCGGCCUGUCCGAACAGGUUUCCACACCUCUGUUAGUGAUCUUCUCAUUGCAGGCAGGAUUUGAUGCCAUCCUGGCCUCAGCAGGCAUCAUAAUGGAAUUUAACCUGCAGGAACGUAGAUGUAGUAUUUGAACUGCAACGGGAAGCACUGGCGUAGCUCUUGGGAGCAAAGCAUUGUUUGAGUCCCAAAGGCUUCCUGUUGCGAACACUUUGUAGAGCUGAUCCCCCUCGCUGCUUUUAGUGGGGUCCUUCUUGCUUUCCGUGGAGGGCAUCCUACUUCACAUCGUCCUUGAAACUCACAGGUCUGAGCUUCAUCUUCACUGGGACAACCAGUAAUGGUGAAGAUAUAUCCCUUGAAGCGUUUAAAGGCUGAAUCCUGACCGAAGAGUCAGAGACACCUGAGGGGGUGGAUGAAGACAGGAGGAGGGGCCUUCGGGCUGGGAGUGUCGGCGAGAGGUCUGGGAAGGCGCUUUGCACACGGGCAUUCUCAGUCCCUUUGACCAGACUCUGAGGUUCCCGUGCUCCAGAAUGGUGGGGAGCAGAUUCUCUAGGGGGCACUUAUUAUUCCCGCUGUUUCUUCUGCUUAUUCUUAUGACCUCCUGGCAGAGAGAUCACCAGACAGAGCCGUCCUUUCCAGUGUGCACCUUGAGGGAGCUUCCGGCAGUUAGAGCUGGGUCCACUGCAACUUGGGUCUUGACGAGACCUUAUAACAUGUUUUCACAGCGGACCUGGGCCUGAGGCACAAGACCUCUAAGAGCCAGUUUUCCAAAGAGUAGAACCUGUGGGGCACAGCUCCUCAAUGCUUUUUAAAAGUUCUGACUGUGGAACAAACGUGUGCUGCUAAGAGGAUUUACAAGUGUUCCCAAAACAGCAACAAGAAGGAGUGUCCUUAGUGGUUUCUUAUAUUUUGGGGGAAAAAAUCAUUGCUGUUUGUCUCAUAACAGAAUUCAUCUCUAGUUAGUGACAGCGUGGCAGCCCCGUGCACCUCCUCCCCUGGUGAACGCCGGCGGGAGCUCCCAGCCUGGGCCCUAUGCGACUCACAUCCCUUCCAGAAGUUCCCACUGAAUACAAAUCCAUUCUCUGACCCGAAUACUUUCCUCUUCUAGCAUAUCAAUUGCCAGUGAUUAUUAUUAUUUAUCUAAAAAUGGGCUUGAUGCAUAUUCAUGAUGAUUAUCAGGGAGGCAUUGAAUUUGAAGUCACUAGAAAGACACUAUUUGCAAAGGUAUGCCCUACACAGCAAGAGUGUUGUGGCCGUGUAAGGCAGCCUUCCGCCUGCAAAGCCACCAGGCCUUAAGUGACCUUGGGUUUAUCACGAAGUGGUUCUCCGGGACAGAAUCAAGCAUCUGUCCAGUGGGACGUCACUGCCCUGCUCCCAUUAUAAUCGCCUCUCUCGUGGAAGACAGAAUACGGGGGCGGGGGCAGGAAGGAGUGCGGUGCUCGCUCCGACCACUUCUGCAGGCUGGGCACCCUCAGUCUCUGCCUUGGGAUCGGUUGAUUAUCAUUGGCGGUGCUGUGGUUGAGCCUUGGUUUGGGCAGUGACGUGAUCGAAAGGCCACCACGGGGCGCUCAUGUCACCCGUUGGUGAGCUGGCUUGAAUUGGUUGUGAACUUCCAAAAUCUUCAGGUCGGACAGGACCUGGAGGCAAUCAGGCUUCUUGAACAUCCUCUCCUCCCCCUCCCCUGCCACCCCGUAAGCUGUCUUGGCUGCCUUAGGCUGGCAUCUCCUUCGCUGCCCGGGAACGCAGCAGAGGUCUGUGGUGCCGCUCAGCCCUUCUGCUCCUCUGCCCUCCAGGUGGAUUCAGUCCUCAACUGUCCUUUCCUCACGUGUUUCUCUGCAUGCUUCUGUCCCUUCCACUCUGUCUCAUUUGACCCAAGGGUUUUUUAUUAGUAUCCAUUGGGUGAAAACAGUUAUAUCAGAUAUGUAGGUGGAUUGACAGAUAGGUCUCCCUGGUGUCUCUGACACAUGCCCAGUAGAUCGAGUCUGUUCUCCCUGGCUUCUCUGCUUGGUGGGACUGAUUUCAGUGUCCAGCACUAGGUCAGCUUCCACUUGUUCUGUCAGACUCGAUUGCCACCGAACUUCAAGGUUUCUGUCUGUCUGCGUGAAAACUACCAGCAGUCAGAAUUUCAGUGCAUAGUACUGAGACCUCAGCAUGGCAGGUGGGAACUCAUUUUCCUUUUCCCUGGGAGCAUCCGAGUCCCCAGGUGGCUCCUGGGAGGAGCUAAGGAUAAAGGCAGUUUCUUGCCAGCAGCGCUCUUGGGAUCCCUGCUGCGUUAUGUCCCAUCCCCGCUACAUUUACUCUCACGGUCCAUUUCGUUCUGCUGUUCCUACUGGGACGAGGCUUAGAUCUCUUUCCUGGUGUUCUGAUUUGGUCUCAGACCUCAAGACCUCUUCCAGCCUCUCCCUAAAGUGGUUCAGAGCUGGUCUGGAAGGGGCCUGCCUUGGUCUUAACCGUACACGCCCAAAGGUGGUGUCCAGCCAACUCUUAAGCAGUUCUAGUUCACCUCAGCGUGUAAAUAGUGAAUAUUCAAGCCCCGUGACCAUUUUGCUGACCUAGCAUGAGGCUUGCCUGCCUGCACUAGCUUCCUGCUUUUAGAGGGACCAGAAGUUCAAGGGUGUGAACGAGUAUAACUAAUCCUUGAACCAAAGCUGGGCUGUAGCUGGCACCUGCACGGCCGUGGGCUGGGCCCGUAGCUCCAGAACUGAUCUGGGCACUGUGGCUGACAGGCAGUGGUUAAUUGUGCCAGAUUCCUUCACAGUUUGCCGAUUCCUGUCCUAGCUCGUGAGAGAGAUGAGAGCACAGCUCCUAUUGCUAUUUAAAGAUUUCUCCUCCACCUGCUGCUGCUUGGGUUUGUUCUACAACCAAGUGAUUGGUUACUUAUGCUUUGCAAUUGUGUGUGCUGUGGUUAGAGGCACAGGCUAGAAACACUCUGCACCCCAUCCCCAGGCCCUAGAUUCAGCAUCUGUCCCCGUGGCUUGUCCCAGUCCCCGGCACCCUUCCCAAGUCCCUGUGCCUUAUGCAUGCUGAGACAGCGCCGCCUGCCUCUGCUUGUCUGUCUGGUGUGUGUGGGGGCAAAUUGCUCUGGUUCUCUCCACUGCCAUUUCCACAUGCCUGCUGCUCCCUCACUUCAGCCUGGCCCUGCCCCCACCUCUCACGGAGGAGCUGGAGUCCAGGUUCACUUGCUGAAGGACCAGCUGGCUGCCGAGGCUGCGGCACGGCUGGAGGCCCAGGCUCGCGUGCACCAGCUCUUGCUGCAGAAUAAGGACAUGCUGCAGCACAUCUCCCUGCUGGUCAGGCAGGUGCAGGAGCUGGAGCUGAAGCUCUCGGGCCAGAACACUAUGGGCUCCCAGGACAGCUUGCUGGAGAUCACCUUCCGCUCCGGAGCGCUGCCCGUGCUCUGCGACCCCGCGACCCCCCGGCCGGAGGACCUGCCCUCGCCGCCCCUGGCCCCGCCGGCGGGCAGCCCCCUAGUGGACCACGGCAUGUUUGAGAAUCUGAACACAGCCCUCACUCCAGAGCUCCAGCCAGGCUGCCCCUUCCCUCGCCUGUCCAGGCCGGCGGCCCCCAGCUCUGCGGCCCGGGGACUCCGGGCGGGCAGCAGCCAGCAUCUCAGGAGCCUGGGCAAAGCCGUGGGGGCCCAAGUUAACGACUUCCCGCGCAGAAAAGAGGCCUGGUGCCUGGGCGGUGUGGGCGCGAUGGAGGUCAACACGACCGCGGGGGCCCUGCUAGCCGGCGGGGCUGACCUGGGGGACGAGAGGUCAGCCCUGCAAGAAGCGGUCCCACGGCUGGACCCUCCUCCCGCAGCCAGGAAGCGGACCCCUCGGGCCCUGAAGACCACGCAGGACAUGCUGAUCUCGUCGCAGCCUGUCCUCAGCGGUCUGGGGUGUGGCACCGAGCUGUCCCCCGGGGAGCCCCAGGACUCCCCGCCUGCUGCCCGGCCCGGCCCAGCGGACGCAUCCCGGCCAGAGGCCCCCGGGGGGACGGCGGACGGGGGCCAGGCCCUGCCCAAUGGGGAGACUUCCCUGUCCGUCCCGGACCUGAUCCAUCAGGACCCCCAUGAUGAGUCCGAGCUGAAGAUGGCCGAGCGCCGAAGGGCCUCCUCCCCGGGGCCCAUGGAGAGAAAUGGCCUCAAACUCAGCCUGAGCCCCAUCGGCCUGGCUGAGCCACCGGAGGACAGCAGCCCCCCUCGGGCACGGACCUCCAGCCUUGACACUGAGGGCCCACACCCCGACCUGCUGUCCUUUGAGUAGAGCCCCUUCUCUUCCCUGCCGAGCACCCCCUGCGUCUCUUCUCCACAGUGUGCCCUGGCCCCGGCCCAGCUCCCCACGCCCUUUGUCCGUGUGCAGGGCCCCCACAGAGAGCGGGCUCUUUCUCAGGGUGCUGGCUGCAGCCCUCGGGGCUGGGCACCUCUGCUCCCCUGUGGCCCUGGCUUCCCACGAACCGCAGGGCAACCAGCCAGGGUGGAGCGUUUUGCGGAGAUUCUCUGUGCUUGUGCGCGCACGUUGCCUGCUCCCUGCCUGCCUCCCUCCCCCGCCCGCCUCCCCCUUCCUUCCUUGUCCUCCCUGGGGGGCCAGCGCCCUCCUGCCUCGGGGGGAUCAGCAGGCUGGGGGUCGAUGGGUUCAGCCUGGUGAGAGGCCCGGCCCAGGCGCAUCUCCUCCCGGCCAGAUGCACAGGCCCCUGGCUACCACCUUGCUGCCGCCCUGGGGUGUGGGCCGGGGGAAGCGGAUGGCAGGCCUGAGCCCUCAGGCAGCCUUGCUACCCAGGGAGCCCUCCCCCGGGCAGGGCACAGGGGAAAGAACAGCUGCCCUUGAAUGCCUGCGCGGGAGAGAGCAGGGCUUCCCUGGUCGUGCAGACAGGCCGUGGCAGGAGCCGCAGAGGGUGUUUGGAGCGUGUGGGGGUGGGGGAGGCCCAGGAGGCGGCCCCGAGCAGGAGUGGGGAAGGGGGUGACACAGGACAGGGAAAGAGCAGCUUGGAGCAGGACAGCCCUCAGGGGCCGGCCCACAGCCGGAAGUGAUUUGUCUGUGGGGGGCCGGGGGUGAGAGUGGGGCGCAGCAUGCAGGCAGAUGCUCGUGAGGCGGGAGGUGCUUGGCCCUUGUGCUGAAGUUUCUGGUCCCAGCCUGCCCGCCUUUACCCUGCUGCCCCGCGGUGCCCUCUGCAGCCCUGCUGUUGGGAUCUGUGUGAGGGCCUGGCACGGUUGCUCCAGCCCAAACCGGUUCCCGCCCUCCUGGGUUAACCCACUUUUGUGUUUCUGUCUCCCACUAGGGGCCCUGUCAUGCUGUCUUCCUGCAGCCUGGAGACCUGGGCAGGGGGUGACCCCAACCCCGGGGACCUUUGCAGCAUGAAGAGAAUGGCACUUUUCUUGAACAGGGAGCUGCUUCUGCAGAGAAGGCUGGGGUGCCAGAGGCUGCCAGGCCUCGCUAUUCUCUGUCUUGUGAUUCUGGCUGCCAUUGUUUUUCUAGUCAUCGUCUGGCUUCCCACCCACAGCCCACUUCCCACUUCAUCUCAUUGGCCAGUUCCUGCUCCCCUCCCUGCCACCUCUGCCUAUAAAACAUGCAAGCUGGGGACAGGGGGGCCCCAGAUGCGGCCACCUUUCCUCCAUUCUUGCUCUGCAGCCCCGUGGCCUGGCCAUAGCUGCCCGCUCGCUUUCCUCCCCGUCUUCCAUAGCUCCAGGAAGCAGGGCUUCACCACGCACUCACAGCAAAACCUCUCUCCCCUUCCCCGCGAGGGCACGCGUGUGCUGGGCUCCUGAAGGCCGUGGCAAGGGGAGAAGGGCUGUUACUGAACGUAGAUCCCGCCUGACUCCCAAGAACAUCACAAAGACAUGACAUGUGACCCUGUUCACAAGCUCUCAGGACUAGCAUUUGGGGGCCUGUGAGUUUUCCCGGAAUGACUUGGGAUUUUGCACAAAAUAAGAGCUGGGAGUAGGGAGAGAACCUAAAUACGCCUGCUGGGAGCUACCCCAGUUUCAUGUGAGCUCCGUCCAGUAGUUUGGUUUGCUUCUGUGAUGGGAAACUUAGCAGGCCCCUGCCCUCUGUGGCAGCUUUCUGGCAGAGACCAGGAUGGCCUGGCCGGGUGAUCGCCAUUGGCUCAGAGGUCGCGGGCCCAGGCUGGCUUCAGCACCUUGUUCUCCAGUCCCAGCCACUUGCUGUCCUGGCCCCCAGACUGGUUAACCCAGGGAUCUUACCGGGCUGCCCGAGGACCAUCACCAGGGUGACCCCCGAGUUGCUCAGACUGGAGUCCAAUACUAAGUAGGGGGCUGUGGGGCCCUGCUUCCGUCUCUGGCCAGCCUGUGAUCCCCACCUCAGCCAUCCUCCUGCAAGGGUGCGGCCGUUCUCGGGUGGGGCUCCCGGACUGAGGUCUGCUUGCAGCUGCUGCAGGUAGUGCCUGGUGCUCUGGGCCAGGUGGUGCCCACAGGCAGGCAGGAGUGAUGGCUCCCGACCCCGCAGGAGGCCAAAGGCCCACUGGGCUUCCCAUGUCUGUCUCAACACCCUGGCCUUCCUGUGAUUGCAGCAUGCCCCCACCUCCCGUCCCAUGACGUGCCCCCUGUGACCCCAGCUUUCCUGGGAGCUUGGCUGUCAGGUGGCCCCGUCCGGGCCAGGGCAGGGUGACAAGGAAAAAUGAAAGACCUGUUUUCUGUGUCCACAAAAGGAAGUUGGGGCCACAGAAUCUUUUCUCUGUCCAUUAACACCCCCACUCCCCACGUCCCCAUGUUCAGUACAGAGCUUUACCCUGGUAGAUCUCAAGGGAAAAUUCCAGACUGGCAGGAGGUCGGCCUGUUCCCCUGCGUGGGGAAAGGUGGGUCUGUGUUAUCCGUGUGGGUGACACGACGACAAGCGCGUAUGUAAUCCACUAACUUUUAAAGAACAAAGCUUGCCCCCAGUUCGGGAAGAAGAUUAUGGAUCUAUUCUGAGUAUUUUCUAGAGGUUUUAUAUUUAUAUUUUUAGUAAUUUUCUGGUAGAAGGAACUUGCACAAUAAAAUGCUGUGCUUUGGU